CAGAGCGAGAGAGCUAUAGAGAGAGAGAGAAAGAGAGUCAGAAAGAGAGAGAAAUCUUAGAGGUGAAGAAAAACUUGAGAAAUUCUGAAGGGGUUUUUUAAUUCAUCAACCAAAACCCUGAAUUAGGGUUUUUAAAAUCUUUUCAGGAAACCCAUUCUUUCAAGAUAUGGAAAUGACCAGGGAUGGAUACGAAGAUUUGCCUCCUCCACCUCCAAUUUUAUCACCAAGUGUGAUCCCAGAGAGAUUAGAGGCACCGGUCCUGACCCCAGAGAAAUUAGAGGCACGUGACGUGAAGCCAGAGAAAUUAGAGGCACCGGACGUGAAGCCAGAGAAACAAUAUGUCCCAAACCGUAUACCAAUGUCCAGGCCUGGAGUUGGCAGAGAUGGAAACCGCAUCCCGCUGCUUGCUAACCAUUUCAGAGUGGCGGUUAAUGUUCCAGAUGCAACAUUCUAUCAGUAUACUGUUUCUAUUACCUCUGAAGAUAAACGAGCAGUUGAAAGCAAGGGGAUUGGGAGGAAGCUUAUGGACAAUCUGUGUCAAACUUACUGUUCAGAGCUAGGAAGGAAACAUUUAGCUUAUGAUGGAGAGAAAAGCUUGUUUACAGUGGGUCCCCUUCCUCAGAACAAGUUUGAGUUCAAAGUUGUGUUAGAAGAGUCAUCUGUCAAACGCAAUGGGAGUCCUGGCUCUGGUAGCCCCAGUGAAAUUGAGCGUAAAAGAUCAAAGCGUUCUGCUGCUUAUCAAGCAGCGCAGACGUUUAAGGUAGAGAUUAGCUUUGCUACAAAAAUUCCUAUGAGAUCUAUCUCAUUAGCUCUCAAAGGAAGUGAUGCAGAAGGUACUGGGGAUGCACUGAGAGUGCUUGAUAUUAUACUGAGGCAGCAAGCGGCCGAGAGGGGUUGCCUUCUAGUUAGACAAUCCUUUUUUCAUGGUGAUGUGAGGAACUUCGUUGAUAUUGGUGGGGGAGUUACUGGUGUUCGAGGGUUUCAUUCAAGUUUCCGUACCACACAGAGUGGUUUGACCUUGAAUAUGGAUGUGUCCACAACAAUGACCUUGACUCCUGGUCCUGUGCUGCAAUUUUUACUUACUAACCAGAACGCGAGGGAUCCUCGCCAAAUUGACUGGGGAAAGGCCAAAAGAAUGCUGAAGAACAUGAGAAUCAAGACGAAGCAUAAUAAUAUGGAUUUCAAGAUCAUGGGAUUAAGCGAAAAGCCCUGCAAAGAGCUAGUCUUCCCCAUGAAAGUGAGAAAUGAAGAUGGCGCGGAUGAAGGGCAAACUGUUGAGGUUACUGUUUACGAUUAUUUUACAAAGCAUCGUAAGUUAGAGCUUACUACUUCUGCAUACAUGCCCUGUGUGGACGUUGGCAGGCCAAAGAAACCCAAUUACAUUCCUCUAGAGCUCUGUUCGCUUGUGCCACUGCAACGCUAUACAAAGUCUUUAUCUACUAUGCAAAGAUCUUCUUUAGUUGAAAAAUCAAGACAAAAGCCUUUAGAACGUAUUAAGACGCUGACAGAUUCUAUCAAUAACAACCGUUAUGAUGCGGAUCCAUCACUUUCUGCCUGUGGGGUGUCUAUCGAGAAAGAGUUGAUUUCCCUUGAAGGACGUGUUCUUGGAGCACCUGCUUUGAAAGUCGGCAAUAAUGUUGAUUGCAUCCCUAACAAUGGACGGUGGAAUUACAAUAGGCAGACACUAUAUGAACCCGUUCAAAUUCAAAGGUGGGCACUCGUUAACUUUUCUGCUCGUUGCAACACUAGCCAGAUUUCUAGGGAUCUUAUUGAUUGUGCAAGAAAUAAGGGAAUAAAUAUGGAGCGUCCAUAUUCACUAAUUGAGGAAGAUAACCAAUCAAGGAGAUUACCUCCUAUUGCCCGGGUGGAAGCGAUGUUUGAACAGAUAAAACAGAAGCUACCCGGUCCUCCUGAAUUUCUUUUGUGUGCCCUGGCAGAGCGGAAAAAUUCUGAUGUUUAUGGACCUUGGAAGAAGAAGUGCCUUUCUGAAGCAGGUAUUGUCACACAAUGCAUCUGCCCAAUGAAAGUAAAUGAUCAGUACCUUACUAAUGUCCUUUUGAAAAUCAAUACGAAGCUUGGGGGUAAGAAUUCUUUGCUAGCUGUUGAACAAAUACCUCGCAUUCCCCUUAUUAGUGAAACUCCAACUAUGAUAUUGGGAAUGGAUGUUUCUCAUGGGUCACCAGGUCAAUCAGAUAUCCCAUCAAUUGCUGCUGUUGUUGGUUCUAGAUGUUGGCCCUUAAUUUCAAGGUACAGGGCAUCUGUACGUACCCAAUCCCCAAAAGUGGAGAUGAUCGACUCCUUGUACAAAGUAUUACCAAGUGGGGAGGAUGACGGAAUUAUGAGAGAGCUUUUGGUGGAUUUCUACCAGACAAGUAAUGGGAGAAAGCCAAGCCAAAUUAUCAUUUUUAGGGAUGGAGUGAGUGAGUCUCAAUUCAACCAAGUAUUGAACGUCGAGUUGGAGCAGAUCAUUAAGGCAAUAACUCACUUGGGAGAGACGAAGCUGCCAAAGUUCACACUAAUUGUCGCACAGAAAAACCACCAUACAAAAUUAUUCAAAGCUGGUGGCCGCCCCGAGAAUGUUCCACCAGGAACGGUGGUGGAUACAAAAGUUGUGCAUCCUAGGAAUUAUGACUUUUACAUGUGCGCCCAUAAUGGAGCUAUUGGAACAUCUCGCCCUGCACACUACAAUGUCUUGCUUGAUGAGAUUGGUUUCUCACCUGACGAUUUGCAGAAGCUCGUGCACUCUCUUUCGUAUGUGUACCAGCGCAGUACAACAGCAGUCUCAAUUGUUGCACCCAUUUGCUAUGCCCAUCACGCUGCUUCACAGAUGGGCCAGUUCAUAAAGUUUGAAGAUUUCUCUGACUCGUCAUCUGGAAUCGGUGGUAAUUUGACUUCUGCAUCGAGUGUUCCUGUUCCAGAGCUUCCAAGGCUUCAUCAGAAUGUCCGAAGCUCUAUGUUCUUCUGCUGAGGUUAGGGGUACAUACCAUACACCUACAUUUACCUAGAUCAUAUUUACAGUUUGAACUACUUGGCAAACUGAAAAUUAUCUGGGCAUUGUCUGUAGGAGAGUCAUGGUUGACUUUAUUUAAUUUUCUUGGGUUAGAAUGGUAUAUAUCAAAUACGGGGAGGUGUAAAGAAGGAAAAAAGGUUGACAGUUUACAGUCCAUCCAUUAGUUCAGUUGAUACUGCGAAGAAAUGAUUUCCCAUUAGAGGCGCUAGAUCUCUAUUAAUUAUCGACUCAUUUUGAAACUCGGAAGUCAUGUGUUUUUGUUUGGGUUUUAUUUACCUAAACGAAACAUGAAACUUUGUUUUCCUUGUGAGUACAAGGAUUUUUGUAUGGAUGCAAAUAAAUAGCACUGAAUUUUGAUCUCUCAACUUAUUCUCGGUCUUUUUCA